GUAAAUGUUUCCGGGCUGUCAGUCAAAUAAACGAAACACAAUGAUAUAUAACUAUCUGGAAUGCAACGGUAAAAGUUAGUGACCAAAAAAUUCAACCGUACCACCAACUCGUCUCAUCAAAAUACAGAUUGCUUUCCAUAUUUCACCAGGAAACUACAGUACAAAUGGUCUUAGAUACAAUGCAGUUUGUAUUGUCUGUUGUAUAAUGCAGUGUGCUGUUGAAUCUCAACUAACCCAAGGGGAUAUAUUGUCCUUGAGCUGCCAACAAAGGGAAACAACUCUGGGAGCAGUAUCCACAGAGAAACAUGGCUUAGACAUUUUAUCCCUUGUUGCUGUUGAUGUCCGUGACAAGCAUGACCCUGAGGUCCCCAUGUCGUCCUUUACAAUGGAGGACACUCAUGAUGGCUCUCUGCAGCAUUCAGUAGGUCAUCUUAACAAUGUGUACCUUAAUAAUGACACUGUAACGAAGUGAGGCUCAAGCACCUGCUGAAGAUUCUCCUCAAGCAAAGGUUCAGGAUAGGAUCUCGGCUCAGAGAGUGAGUGAGGGCUUGGAGGACGAUGAAGAUGAGGAUGAGGAUGAAGAUUCAGAUGAUGAGGACAGUGACCCAGACUAUGAAGCUGAGGAGGAUGACAUCAUCAACGAAAUGCUUUCAAAAGGCGACAAGAAGGAGAAAUCAGAUCGACCAAAUUCCGAUUCCGAGGAAAUUAAAAAGACACCAAAAUUCAGACAAAUUACCCAAUUUACCAAAGUCACGGAUCCUUUGGACAGCAGCAAAGUCAAAUAUAAACCUCCAAAGAGAGUUCCAGGGAACAAACCAUAUAAAUGUGAAGUUUGUGGGAAAUGUUUUUCUGUGUCCAGCCAUCUGAAGACUCACAACAGGAUCCACACAGGGGAGAAGCCUUAUAGUUGUGACAUUUGUAGCCGGAGAUUCUCGGAGACUGGUAGUCUGCAGAGACAUGUUCGAACACACACAGGAGAAAGACCCUUUAAAUGUGAACUAUGCGGAAAGUGUUUCAUGGAGUCCGGACAUCUCCAGAAACACAUCCGGACUCACACUGGAGAAAAACCUUACACCUGCCCAACCUGUAACAAGUCUUUCACGGAGAAGGGUAGGCUCCGGAAACACAUCCGGGUACAUACAGGUGAAAAGCCUUAUCAGUGUGACUUGUGCGGAAAAGCGUUUAAGGAGUCCGGCCAUUUGAACGUCCAUCUGAGAACUCAUUCCGGGGUGAAGCCAUUCAAAUGUGGGAUCUGUGCGAAGGAAUUCAAGGCUUCCACUAGUCUCAAUUCCCAUAUCAGGUUCCACACUGGGGAGAAGCCGUAUCCGUGCGAAGUCUGCGGUAAAGAAUUUGUGGACCUCCCUCACAUGACACGACAUCGUAAGAUUCACAACAAGGUGAAAGCAUUUACAUGUGACACUUGUGGAAAGGCUUUCACUGAUGCGGACAAGCUUUCCACACAUUCACGAAUCCACACAGGCUUGAAGCCAUACAAGUGUGACAUCUGUGAGAAGACGUUCACAGUAGCAUCGAGUCUGAAAGCUCACAGCACUGUUCACACUGGAGAAAAGCCAUAUUCGUGUCACAUCUGUGAUAAGAAAUUCCCGUAUUCCUCCAGCCUCCGCCUCCACAUCAAGAGCCACAGCGGUGAGAAGCAGCACAAAUGUCAUGAAUGUGGGAAAGCUUUUGCUAUCGCUGCCAGUUUGAAACGUCAUGAACGCUCGCACACUGGGGAGAAACCCUAUGUCUGCAGUUUCUGUGGGAAGGAGUUUUCCGAUUCCUCGUCACUACAGAGACACUGCCGGUCACACACCGUAGACAGAAGUUUCAGAGACACUGCAGGUCACACACUGGAGACGAGCCCCUUCUCUGCCGGCAUCAAAAUGGAGACUGUCAUAAAGAAAGAAACCAAAGAUGGAGCGGAGCCGUCCAUUUCCUUUUACAAACAACGCAUCUCUUGUCAGUUGUGUGGAAAAGAGUUUUCCCAGCUGGAGAAACUGUCCUAUCACAUCUAUAACAACUGUAAGGAUGAACCUGAGGGUGAGCUUCAGAUUGACGAGUCUCCCAGACCUGACCUCUCUCAAAAGAGCACAAAAUCCCCGGAAAAAGAUGUGGCAGAUGACGAUAAUGGACUUCGGUCGCAUGCCUGUGAUAUAUGUGGAAAACAUUUUCCCAAACUGCAGAAUUUACAGGUUCACGUGAGGUCCCAUACUGGCGAAAAACCGUAUAAUUGUCAGUGGUGCGACAAGACGUUUUCCAGCUAUGGGAACAUGAAGGCUCACAGCCGAGUCCACACCGGCGUACGUCCUCAUCAGUGUUCCCAGUGUGGCAAGGAGUUCGGCACUGCCCAAAAUCUACAAGUACAUAUCCGCACCCACACAGGCGAAAAACCUUAUAAAUGUGCUGAAUGUGGGAAGGGCUUUGCUGGUCAGGGAAACCUCAAAGUCCAUCAACGUACCCACACCGGGGAAAAGCCGUAUAAAUGUCAAAUGUGUGGGAAGGAUUUCAGGAACUUGCAAUCACUUCAUAUUCAUGUCCGUUCUCACACUGGAGAGAAGCCCUUUGAAUGCACAUUCUGUCAUAAAGCGUUCACGAGUCAAGGGAACAUGCAGGCUCACAUGCGUAUCCACACCGGGGAAAGACCGUUCAGCUGCGGAGAAUGCGACAAGAACUUCUCCAACAUGCAAGCUCUGAAGAUCCACAUCCGCACCCACACUGGCGAGAAGCCCCACGUCUGCCAUGUCUGCGGUAAAGACUUCGCGAGCGUCGGAAAUUAUCAAGUUCACAUGAGGACGCACACUGGGGUGAGGCCGUACUCAUGUCGGAUGUGUGGCAAGGAUUUCACCACCAUGUCCAACAUGCAGACCCACAUGGUGAGGACUCACGCCACAGAGCUCUACGCUGAGAAUGCUCUACUGUGGAGUCGGAUGCAGGAACUUUCUAGGCAGUACAUGCAGAUGACAGCCAUGCCAGGUGUGAGUGGAGAUCAGGCAACCCCUACAGGGCCUCCUCCACUGAACAUGGCUUUUCCUAUGGAUCUAUCUCCUGGAUUUGAACAAUUAAUUGCAGCCAAUCAAAAGCUGUUUUCAGCAUCUGCUGCAGCUAUGAGCCUCAAUGAAUCUGAUCUUGCUGAACAGGAACAAUCUGAAAAUGAAAACACGAAUUCCUCCAAAGAUCCUUUGACAAGUGCUUGUCCUUCAACAAGUAGUUCUAAUCGUGAAAGUCCUAAGUCUCCUGCUGCUACAGAGUCAGAUAAUAGUAACCGUGACCUUGGGGCAAGUACCGGCCCAAAGGGCAAAGCCCCUGAAGAAGCAGCUAAUUCUUCAACUUCUCAUGAAUCAAAUCCUAUUGAAACUGACAACAAUGUAAUGGAGGAACCACCUUCGUCAAGUCUUGACUCAGCACCAGAGGAUGCAAGACCAACAACCAGUGAAUCAAGACCUGGAACCAGUGACUUCAGACCUGCAAUCAGUGAAUUCAGACCAGCAACAAUUGAAUCCAGAGCUUCAAUCACGGACUCCAGACUCACAACUAGUACAUCGAGAGCUGCAGCCAGCGAAUUCAGACCAUCAGCCUCUGAAUCCCACUCUGAAGCCAUUGAAUCCAUACCAGCAUCUAGUGUAUCCAGACCCCCAGCUGCCAUCAAUCCUGACAUGACAAUCCCUGGUCAAAGACUUAACUCUUCCAUAGCAUCUUCAAGUUCAAGCCAGGGUGCAACCAGCUCUAGCACCAGCACGUGUAACUUGGAUGAGUCAACUGCCAACCCCAACCUUGUAGCAACUCAUUCAAGCCAGAUACUCAGCCAUGAGAAUUCACAUCCCACCCCAGGGUCAACUGGAGGGAAUUAUCUCGUAAAUCCAACACAAAACCAUUUCGCUAGUCUCUCGAUGAAUAUGAGAAGUGCCAUUGACACCUCAAGGUCAGAUCAGGUCCUGGCACAGGACUCAACCAAUCUUGGAUUCGACCCACAAAUGCACGACCUCCUUGCAAUGAACAGGAGCAUGCAGUUGGGCUAUCCCUUUCCUCAAAUGAACCCUCCCCUUGUGCCAAACGAUUAUGCUAUGAACAUGUUCAAGAGACCGAGUAUGUUUCAAGCCAAGCAGACGGGUAGCCUCAGUUCCACAGAUAAUAUCAUGAACAUGUUCGGUUUCAUGAACAAUCCAGCAUAUCCACCUUCAUCUGAACAUAUUCCAAGUCACCUGACGAACAUGUUCUCUCAGUCCUCAAUGCAUGGCCAUAGUGCAGCAGCCGAGACAAGCUCAGGGAGCCUGUUUCCGAUGCCGCCAAAUCUGAAGUCAGAUAUAUCAUCGACAGAUCUGAACAGCGUUGUUCAGACCGCUCUGAACAUGUUCUCGUGUGACAAUGGACGAGAGUCUGAGUUUUCAGAUGUGUUCAGCAAGAAGUCAGAUCCGGGAGGUGAUUCUUCAUUCACAGGGUCCGGUGGUCCAGUCUUUCCUACUAAUAUGUAGUGCUGAGUCACAAGUUUAGGCCCAUCCAAAACAUCCUCAUCAAAGUUCUUUUUAUUAAAAUACUAGUUAUCAUGCUGACAAGGUCACACGACUGUUUCAUUUUCUCAUUUCCUUAUAUGUUUGUUGAAAAUGUUUUAUAGUUUGCUAAAAACCAAAUCAAAGUGAAUAUUAUUCUUUAUCUCAAGGGCUCGCUUUUCGGUAAACUGAUACAAACUCUUGAAACUUUACCAUGGCUGAUUGCAGAUUAUUUCACCAUGAUUAAAUGUUAACAUACGUGAAAGUGUAAGGGAGGUAACUCAUAUUACCUAGAAACCAAAGUCACUGCAACUUUCAUCUGUAAUAAAGACAUCUUUUACAUCAAAAAGAAAUCUAAGGAUUUUGUUUGGCAUGUCAUUAAGUUUUUCAAAACUUAAUUUCUCUUAAAUGUGAUCAUAAUUUGUGGCAAUGGCAGUGAUAAUUUUGAUAUUGCAAACCCGUCAUUGAUGAUGGUUUGCAACACACAUUCUGAUUGGUAUGUAGCAUAGCCAAUCAAAUUUGCAAAUGGAUAUCAAGGGCGGGUAAUUUGAGAUUGCAAGAACCAUGGGAAUAGAUUCAGGGGGUAGUGUAUGUUUACCAAAAAACUGGCACUUCAGAAAUAUAUUAUGAGUGAACAUGAGCUACGAUGUUGUAUUAGUUGAGGAAGCAAAAUAACUCCAGCUAAGCACAGACAGUAAUGGCAUUCACUGAAAGAACUGACUUUGGUACCCAAAUUUAUUAUUAUCUUUUGUUAAUGCAAGGAUUUGUCUAGGAUUCUAUACUGAGUAUCCUUGGCAGGCAAAUUGAGAUUUUUUUAUAAAUUGUUCAAAACUGGUAUAUUUUUGAAGUUCGUGUUUUCAUAGGUAUGUUUAAUUUUUUGUCAGAUUCCAUUCAAUACAGUCAUGUUGAAUUAAGCAUUAACACCUUUGGCAUAAACAAUCUUUCACAUUACAUCGAAAAACAGCAAUUUUUGUUUGGUACCAAAUCAUAUGUGCUUCUUGUUGUGAUCAGGGCUCCAGAUGAGGGCCGUAUCGGCGUAUGUACGGAUAAAAAAAUAUGCACGGUACGGUAGGAAAUAAUUUAGAAAACGUAGCAGAUACGCACCACAGCAAUGGUGCACGGUCUUAGAAUCAU